AUGUCUCCAAAUGAAUACGCCUCGGGCGGAGGCGGAAAACUCAAACUGAAAGGCUCCAAGGUCAGCGACGGCCGAGUAGACAAGAAAAAGAAGAAGGCCAAGAAGAGGGAGAAGCAGGAGGAAGGGAAUGCGACCAAGGGGAACGGUGUCGGUGAUGACGACAAGAAGCUGAGCGAGAAUAACGACAACGAAGCUUCGGGCCAGGGGAGAUCUUCUGACGAGGAGGUCAACGCGACAGCUCAAGCAGCAGCAGAGGGCGAGGAUGGAGGAGGCGUGGUGGUGGGCAAGACGGAAGCGGAAAGGAAGUAUGAGGAUGCGAAGAAGAAGAGGCUCCAGGAACGGCUCAAACGCGAAGGCGUCAAAACACACAAAGAGCGAGUGGAAGAGCUAAACAAGUACCUGAGUCGACUGAGUGAACAUCACGACAUGCCGAAGAUCGGACCGGGUUAA